AUGGAACGCGUAACCCACGGCGACGCCGCCGACGAGGACGACCUCUACAGCGCCCCGCCGCCGCGCGAUACCACCGGCCAUGCCUCGCCCACUCUCCGCCCCGCGGAGCAGCCUCUGCACGACCGCGCAACGCCCCCCUCGCCGCCGCUCUCGACCGCUGCGCGCUCGUCUGCCAGCUACACGGCCACCACUGCCCGCAGCUUCGCCUCAACCACCCUCUCCACCCUGGCCACCUCGUCGCACGCCUCGAACAUGAGCAAUGCCGACGCCAAGGAUGCCGCCGCCCUGCGCGCCCGCCAGGCCCAGCACGCCCGCCCGCAGACCACGCUGCUGAACCUCGUCUCCGACACGGCCACCUCGUCCGCCUUGCCCCAGCCUUUUGGCUUCUCCAUAUCGCGCAAGGGCCGCAUGGUUGCCGUCUACAGCACGAAGAACAUCUGGCUCCUCCAGGCAGACAAGCUGCCGCGCACCUUCAUCCGCACCCUGGAGCUUCGUCGGAAGCCCAUCGCCAUCGACAUUCUCGAUGAUGGCAGCCGCCUCGCCGUGUUGUCCAAUCCCCACAAGGUCGAUUUGUACAGGCUGCAGGACGGAGAGAAUACAACUCUGGAGAGGAUGAAGAGCGUCAUUUUGACUGUCGAUGCAAACACAAUUGCCCUUUCUCCCGACGGCAUGGUCCUGGCGACGGGUUACCAAUUCGGAAUCGAGCUCAUUUCAUUGGCCGAAAAGGCCUCCGAGCACGACCGCCGGUCCGUGAACUGCGACCCCAUGGACCACCUUGCCUUUUCUGACGAUGGACGCACCUUGCUUGCGACCACGUCUGCAAAGCUCCCGCGUUCCACCACCCUCUUCACCGUCCACGGAGCGUUUGACGGGCCCUUUACUGAAGAUGGCGAGCUCAUUCCGCAAGAGUGCCAUGUUGCGUGGACUAGGCAGAUCCUUUUUCCCGAAAAGGCUGUGACUGCGAAGCAGGCCCUGUUGCUUCCCGAUACAAUUACUGGGCAGGUCAAUGAGCUGUUUGCUUUUGAUGCGGAAGAAGACUCUUGGGGAAUCUAUGACCUUGCUGGCGUACAGUUCGUGGAAACAAAAGAACCCCCUCCAGAGGUCGGCCGGUUCAUGAGAGCUGAGUCUCUGGAAGACGCUCUCCCCGCCGUUUCUCCCUCUGCCGAGCAUGUCGCCGUCGCCGUCAAGCAACAAGACGCGAAUUCCAUAUGGCUGUACAGGCUGCCAGAUGCUUAUGAGUCCAAUGCUGCCGUGUACAGAGACUUGAGGCAACACUCCGACCAUCACACCCCCGUUGCCCCAUGCGCCUAUAUCUCUCUCCAGAGGCCUGAAGACACCUCUUCCCAAGAUAUCUCUGCCAUGCGCUGGUUGUCACCUCCUUCUCAUGAGCCUAGUAGCACUGAAAGAUUGCUUGCUGUCGGUAAUGUCGUGUGGAACACGACUCCUGAUACUCCAAUAAUGCCCGGCGAGACGGCCAAGACCACAGGCAUUCUGAUCAUGAUGGACUUCGAUUUCUCCCAGGGCCCCGAUGCCUGCGGCCGCCCUGAUAACACAAAGAGGAUAGAAAUAGACCUCGACGAAGCUCUUCCAGGAGAAAAGCUACCGGAGGAUGAUAUCGAUUUCGAGCGAGAAGUCGAACUUGUUCGAACUCGGACUGUAGCGCAGAAGAGGGGCGAGGCUGCCAGGGCUGCAGCAAGGAACAAUCUGCUCCGCUCGUCUAGCACGACCAGCCCUGCGCCAGUCGGCUCGACCAUUGAUAUCACGCAUGCACACAAGUCCGACACGGCCGUCAACCUCGCCGCCGCCAACUCAACCGAAUUUCACCUUUCACCAUAUCUCGGCAUCGGCACAUCCCUCAUAUCAACCAGAGCCGCAAUUUCCGUCUGCACAUGCAGAACCACCCCCCUUCUCCAACCUCAGCUCAAACCGAGACUUUCCGCCGUCGUGACAGCGUCCCGGCACCCGGUCCUCCUGGUGCUGGCUGGGGAGCAAUUGGGCACGCCGAACCUGAUAGAGAUCAACGCUCGCGAGAGGGAGAAGGACAGGAGCGAUUUCGAUCGUGUCAAGGAAGGGAUGCGCAAGCUGAGGUGCAUCGUCAUGUGA